GAAAGUGAAGGCAACCGAUGACUCGGAUCGGAAAACAGGUGUAUCGCUACACACACGCAAGAAAAACCCCUCCUCGCUUCGCCGCCUUCUUCCUUCUCCGAUCAAACCCUCAGAUUCUCUUAUCAAAUCCCUAAUUUCCGCUUUGAUCCAUUGCGGUUCUGCUUUUGAAUCCUCUCUGUGAAAUGGCUGUGAAUUUCCUUGACCGGACUGAUCUCUGGAAGAACAAGGCUCGCUCCCUGCAGCUCCGCCUCAGGGAUCGCUUCCGUGUUGUUGUCGACAACCAUCGCUUGAAACCGGCCAUAUUCUCCGAUGGCUACUUCUCCUUCACCCUCCGUCUUUGGCUUCAGAGGUUUCGUGAUUUUCGCCAUGAUUUGCCCUCUUCCACUGCUUUUUAUCGCAAGCGAGUUAGCAAGGAUUUCAAUGAUGGAGAAGAAUCAGUCAUUCUUCGGAUGCUUCAGGCCGUAGCUGUUCCUGUUCUUGGCAAUGUUUGCCAUGUGUUUAUGCAUGGUUUGAAUCGCGUGCAGGUAUACGGUCUGGAGAAACUACACAAGGCUGUGCUGCACAGACCCAAGGACCAACCUCUUGUUACAGUUAGCAAUCAUGUGGCCUCUGUAGAUGACCCGUUCGUAAUUGCAGCACUGCUUCCUCCUCGUGUACUUUUCGAUGCACAAAACUUGAGAUGGACUCUAUGUGCAACGGAUCGAUGUUUUAGCAAUCCUGUCACUUCUGCAUUUUUUAGUACUGUGAAAGUCUUGCCAGUUGCCCGUGGUGAUGGUAUUUAUCAAAAGGGUAUGGACUUGGCUAUUUCAAAAUUAAAUCUUGGAGGGUGGGUUCACAUAUUUCCAGAGGGGAGUCGUUCUCGAGAUGGUGGAAAAACAAUGGGUUCUUCAAAAAGAGGCAUUGGAAGGCUGAUUUUAGAUGCAGAUACUAUUCCUACGGUUAUUCCAUUUGUUCACACGGGUAUGCAAGAAAUCAUGCCUAUUGGAGCUAAAAUUCCAAAGAUUGGAAAGACGGUGACAAUUAUUAUUGGGGACCCCAUUGAAUUUGAGGAUCUACUCAACUCUGAAAGUGCGCAAAAGGUCUCUAGGGGAAAGUUAUAUGAUGCAGUUGCUUUGAGAGUUGGAAAUCGGUUGCACGAAAUAAAACUUCAAGUUGAAAAACUAGCUUACGAUCGUGCAUUAGAUAUGCAAAAUAAUUCAAUGAGUAGCACAGAACGAGCAGCCGUGAUGUUGCAGCAAAUUGAUUGGGAGUCAUUUGGCAUUGGUAGCUCUACUUCUAUUGACUACAGUUCUCACACAAAGCACGAAACUCAAACGCAGCCUGAUUUGGAUGUUUCCUCAGCAGAACGACCUGUUUCUGAUUGGUAUUUCAGAAUGCGUCUAUCUCGAGAAGAUGGACUUAUAUCAAGAAUGCGUGGUUAUAUCGAUCCGACCGAGUUCAUGAGUUUUGCAGCAAGAGGCUUGUUUAAGAAUUGUAGAACAGGAGGCAGCUCUGAAUUUGGCGAGACAAUUAGGCCAUUAAAGGCAUGGAAACGAUUUGUAGAAGCCAAUUUGCAACGUGGCAAUGGUACUCUCACUAACAUCACAAGUUACAAUAAUCUGGCUGUUUUAAUGAGAUGACCUAAUGAUCGACCAUUCAGCUGGUCCCUCCUGUAAAAAAAUGAUAAAAAUUUGGCAUCAAGAUCGUAGAGUUUCUCAAACUAUGACGUGUUGCUUCCAAGUUCUUCUGAGUAACUACACUUGUACCCAGGACAAAAUGCAAUCAGCAGCAGAUUUGGUCAUGUUAUUUUGGUUUCUGGUUUUCUAGUUUUGCAUCAAGUUGGCAUUCAGAACUAAUGUAGCUGGAGGCUGAAAAGUAAAGAAAAAGAAUGGUUUCUAUGUCCACUCAAUCUGAAUGAAUAAGGUAGAGAAAUUAAGCCACUUGUUCUGAUGGAAUCUGUACAUCAAGGUAUGAUCAAGCUUUCCAUGUUUUUCUCUGCUUUAUAGGCUAUCCAGAAUGAUAAUAAGAAUAGUAGUAGAUUUGAUUCCCCCUGCCAUGCUUUGUUUGCAUUCAGAUUUUCUUUCUUAUUUGAGGCCAAUCUUUCAGACUGAAGAUUUGAUGUAAA